AUGUUUCUGGGAGAAGAACUGGAUCAACUGAGCUUAGAUCCAGUGUUCACCCAUGGUCCAGUGAUUUGUGACCAGGAUGUGAGACUGGACAAAUGGCAUAAACAUGGCUCCAGGCCCACCCUUUCAGCCCUGGUGGAUGAAAAUCCUCACUUUGAAAAUAAAGUUUUCUCCAAAGAAUUCCAUCUGAAUGACAGUGGUGAGCUAUUUUCAAAUUCCAUCGAAAUCAAAUGGAAAUCUGGAAAGGAUUUGACGAAACGUUCAAGUCAAAUGCAGAAGAAAGUCAGCAGAAAGAAGCAGCAUGAAGAACCAGAGAGCUUCUUUACCUGGUUUACUGACCAUUCUCAUGCAGGGGCUGAUGAGCUAGGAGAGGUCAUCAAAGAUGAUAUUUGGCCAAAACCAUUACAGUACUACUUGGUUCCCGAUAUGGAUGAUGAAGAAGGAGAAGGAGCAGAAGAUGACGAUGAUGAUGAAGAUGAGGAAGGAUUAGAAGAUAUUGAUGAAGAAGGGGGUGAGGAUGAAAGUGAAGAAGAUGAAGAUGAUGAUGAAGGGAAGGAAGGAGAGGAGGAUGAAGGAGAAGGAGAAGAUGACUAA